AAAAAAAAAAAAAAAAAACACGUCUCGAGCGACCAUGUAUAUCUCGAAUGCUCUUCUGAUUGCCUGCGCGGCCUACGCACCAUUUGCUACCGCAGCGGUGCAGGCCAUACCUGCCGCCGCUGCUAUCACAAGGAGCGCUGCCUAUCCCGGAGUUUCCUCUACAACACCCACACUGGCUUCCACCACGACUACUUCGUCCCCACUCAUUUGGAGCAGCAGCAACAUCGACGCGACUGCCACUACCGCCAGCUCGGAGGUUCACCCCGCAAGUUCGUCGAAUCUCUCCAGCCACACGCCAACUUUCAGCCUUCACGUCGCCAGCUCUGCUAUCGCCAGCUCCGUGCGUGCUAGCUCUUCUGUGGCCGCCAGCCCUUCCUUCACCAGGUCCUAUAUCACCAAGACCACCGCCCUUCCCACCAAAGGUGCUUCCGCCGACACUAAAUCUGAAUCCGGAUCCUCUACUUCCGCCGACGCAGCCGAGGCGACUGAGACCAGUGCUGCGGCCCCAUCCAGCAAACUAUCGAGCAGCCUUGCUGCUGGUGUCCUGGCUGCCGUUGGUCUUAUCAUGCUCUGAGCUCAUUUGGUGCAAGUGCCUGGCUUGGAUGGUCAAGCUCGGUGUCUCGUCCUCUGCUUGAAUAUAAAGGGCCUCUCAUUCCCUCUGACAGGGGGUACUAGCUACGGUAGCGAUGACAGGAGGCCGUGCGGCUGUUCAGUCUACCAGUUCAGCUUCCCACCACGCUAUUGUGGAGCUCCUAUACUUGUGAUGGAAAGCAACAAGCAAUUCAGUAUUCGAGGUUUGAUGUAUCAACCCAGUGUUGGAAGAAAUUUUACUGUAAUAAUCCCGAGCGGGAGCUUAGCUUUGACCAGCUUUUUGCCUAGCUUUUCACUUCAUCGUGCGUUUUCAGCCAUGCGGUCCAAGUCGCAUCAAGUAAGUUGCCACAAAGGAAAAGGAUUUAUGUUCUGUUGACAACGCGGACAUAAUGAAAGCUAAGAUUAGGCCCGUCGAGCUUUCAUAAAGAUAUGCACGAAGGCAUAGAUGACAUUAACGUAGUGUACAGUUGC